AUGGUGACAGGGAAGUCGCAGCCCGGCGCUGGGACCAUCCCAUCGCUUCCAGCCUCCGCGACCCAUCACGAAAUCUCGACCUCGCCGCCGUCGAAACGAGAUCUGGCGUCAUGGUGGAGACAGUUCAAACGGAAUACAAGGAAGGAGGAAGUGAAAGAGAAACCCCAAGGUAUCUUCGGAGUGCCCCUCAACGUCAGUAUCAAGUACGCGAACGUUGCCAUCUCCCUCACAAACGACAACGGUGAAAGCUUUAUCUACGGUUAUGUCCCUAUCGUCGUCGCCAAGUGUGGUGUCUUCCUCAAGGAAAAAGCGACGGACGUGGAAGGGAUCUUUCGAUUGAACGGCUCUGCGAAACGUAUCAAGGAUCUCCAGGAGAUCUUCGAUUCUCCCGAACGAUAUGGAAAAGGACUCGACUGGACGGGGUAUACUGUGCACGAUGCUGCAAACGUCCUACGCCGCUAUCUCAACCAACUUCCCGAACCGAUUGUCCCUCUGGACUUCUACGAACGUUUUCGCGAGCCCCUCCGUGUGUAUCAGAAGCAGGCCCUGGAGAAUGGCCCCACGGCCGAUUCUGAAGCCUUCGACCACGCAAAGGCCGUUGCGGCUUACCAACAAUUAAUUCGGGAGCUUCCACCCCUGAACAAGCAGCUCCUCCUCUAUAUCCUUGACCUGCUCGCUGUCUUUGCGUCCAAGUCGGACCAGAACCGAAUGACGUCGGCCAACCUAUCUGCUAUUUUCCAGCCUGGAUUGCUGUCUCAUCCCCAGCACGACAUGUCUCCAGAUGAAUACAAGCUCAGUCAGGACGUCCUGAUCUUCUUGAUCGAGAACCAGGAUCACUUUCUGUUCGGAAUGAAUGGCACAGCCGCGGAUGAGCAGACUCUCAAGGAAGUCGAGGGCGCUUCUCGCCGACAGACAAAUUCUUCCAACAUCAGGCGCUCCGUCUCGAGUGCCAGUGGUGGCGCAGAGAGCUUUCGCAAGUAUGGGAGCCUCCGCCGAAAUGUUUCGGUCUCUUCAAAGAACUCGCACCACUCGAACCAUCCCUCCAGCCCCGUCACACCAACAUCGUUGAACGGCGUGGGUGUCCAUCGAAGCAAUACCUUGCCUUCCAAAAUGUCCCCGAUCACCGCGGCAAGAUACGGCAGAGUGUUGGAGGCCACUGGGGCCCCACCAUCAGGACUCAAUCCUUCCGUACAGAAUUCUCGCUCGUCCAGCCGAGCACCGCCUUCGCGCGAGGAAGCCAGCCAGACGACUGCGACGGCACCGACUUCGGCCCCUUCUGACGCUGCCACAGGACCUCUCUAUGUGCAUUCCUCCACCCAUGGUCCUAUGCCGAUCAACACGGUAAACACUGCCCCCAUGAGCGAGAAUCCCGUCCUUCAUGAGGCUCUCCCGACCACGAUAUCGUCGCCCCCUCCACCUGUGGUAACACCGACACGGGAACGCAAAUUGUCCAGUUUCUUCACCAAGUCCCCCCCACAAAAUGGCGAAUCGAAGGAACCACGCCAGCCGAACCGGUUGAAGAAGAAGCGCAUCCCCGGAAGUGCCAGCGAAAGCGCCCACAGUUCGUCUCUGUCGCUGCAGGCGGCCACCUCCGAAUCCGUUCUCAACGUCGCGCCGAUACCGACGCGGCCACAGGAAGCGGAUAGUGAUGCCGGGGAGGUGACUCCCAGACCUCCCAAUACGGCCGAUCCCGGUGACGAUUCUGCCUCACCGUCGAACCGUGACGUUGCGGCGGAGGAGAAGCAAGCGGCUCCGAACGACUCGCACAACGCGGACACUUCUCUCAAGCCCCAUAGUUCACGGACCCCCUCGAUGAAUUCGCGGUCUUCCUUCACUGACCAUUCGGAUUUGGAUCAGGCGGAUGACAGGGUGGAUCGGAGGGAACACCGUCGGAGUUGGCGAUUUCCUCGUUCCUCGAAACGCAGCAAUGAGCAAAUCGGUCUCGGUCUCGGCUCACCUCCACUCCUGACAUCGAAUCCCAGCGCCGAGCGCAGUACGAGCUCAGUGGGCAGUUGGCACCACUCCAGCAAGAGUUCGCCUUCGGACCUGCAGCAGUUUGCCAACGAUCCAUCACAACAUCCCCUCAGCCUGGACGCUGAAAUCAAUAACAACCACGGCAUUUCGAAGGAAAGCUUGGAGCCCGAGAAGCGAAGCCUCUUCGGUAAAUUCAAAGCCAAGGUCGCGCAGGUUCGGGAUGGAGUGCGCGAUUCCGAAAGAGAUCGCACCAGGAGCCCUGCACAGACGGACCCAGAACGGCCUGUGUCUAGCAAGACUCUGUCUCCCGCGGCCAAUGACCGGAUCAGCACUACCCAGCCGGCCCCGAUCGAGUUGCCGAAAGAGGGCAAGGACGAAUUCAAUCGUUCGCCAGUCUCCCCCAUCAUGCCUACUUCUGGUCUGCCCCCGGUGAUACCUGAAGAGCCACGAACUCCGGAAAGCCCUGUCGCAUCUCGAACUUUUGAGGCAAUGCAGGACUCAGCGGCUGCCCCCGCCGCGCCUACUACUCCACUGCAGGCGGAAAAUCCUCCAAUCUCAGAAGCCAACGAGAAGAGCAACGGCAUUACGCCUCACUGA